AUGUCCAAGCCAGAAAAUGUUUGGGAGAUGGUUUGGCAAUACUUAUCAAAUGAUGCUCAAUAUAUUUGUAGAAGGAACCUCUCAGUCUCAGAUUUAAGUCUAAAUGAAUCUCAACAAAAAAAAUUUGCUUUGAUUGAAAUGGAGAAGUUGUUGAAUGCUUGGAACAAAUCUCUAUCAGAUUAUCCACCUAUGCCAAUGCCAGAUGAAAACAACGAUUUGUUUUCCGGUAACAGGUUGUUGUUCGAGGAGAUGUCAUAUGAUAGGGAAGCUCUAUUGCAUCAACAUAAUUCGUUGCAUCCGAAACUAACCGAUGAACAGUUAGUCAUAUACAAUAAGAAGACUAUUUCAGCAGCUGUACGGUCCAAGGGCGAGAUAGUUCUAAAUGUAGCAUCAAGCGGUAUAGCUUCCUUGCUGCUGCCUGGUGGUAGGACUGCACAUUCCAGGUUUGCUAUACCAAUUGCUGUUAAUGAGGACUCCACUUGCAACAUCAAGCAAGGCAGUGCGCUUGCUGAAUUGAUAAUCAAAUGCAAACUCAUAAUUUGGGAUGAAGCUCCGAUGAUGCACAAACAUUGUUUUGAAGCAUUGGACCGAACAAUGAGAGAUUUAAUGCGUUUCAAGAACUCAAGGAGCUCAUCAAUGACAUUUGGCGGGAAAACAGUGGUGUUGGGUGGAGACUUUAGACAAAUUUUACCCGUUAUCCCAAAAGGUACUAGACAAGAUAUUGUUCAAGCCAGUAUUAAUUCAUCUUACCUGUGGAAUAAUUGUGAAGUUCUGCGUCUAACCAAGAAUUUAAGAUUGCAAGGUCUUACUAAUGAAGAUGAUGUUCAAAAGUUAGAUAGUUUUGCCAAAUGGAUUGCGAAUUUAGGUGAUGGUAAUUUUGGUGAAGACAAUGGUGUUGAUUGCAAUAUAAUGAUACCGUCUUCAAUUGUAUUAGAAAACGAGGUUGAUCCUAUUAGGCAAAUUGUUGAAAGCACAUUUCCGGAGUUCCGUACUGGGAACAUGGAUGAAAGUCAACUAGAGAAUAGAGCUAUAUUAGCUCUAAUCUUAGAUCUAGUUGAUGAGGUCAAUGAAUACAUGAAUGGUAUUAAUCAAGCUGCUUCAAUGACAUACUUGAGUUGUGAUUCUGUUUGCAAGGCAGAUUCAAACUUUGAUAUGCAAUCCCAAGUACACACAACAGAAUUUUUAAAUAGCUUGAGGUGUUCGGGUGUACCAAAUCACUCUCUAACGUUGAAAGUUGGAACUCUAGUUAUGCUGUUGAGAAAUAUAGAUCACUCUAUGGGGUUGUGCAAUGGUACAAGGUUAAUAGUAACACAGUUGGGAAAUCAUGUUAUCGAGGGAAAAAUUAUAGCUGGGAAUAACGCAGGUACAAAGGUUUUGAUACCGAGACUAUCUUUGACUCCUUCAGACCCAAGACUUCCAUUCAAGUUUCAACGAAAGCAGUUCCCACUGAUGUUAUCAUAUGCAAUGACGAUCAACAAAAGUCAAGGUCAAACGCUUUCACAUGUUGGUUUGUUACUGAAAAAACCAGUUUUUAACCAUGGACAAUUGUAUGUUGCAGUUUCUCGGGUCAGUAAUCCAGAUGGUUUUAAGGUCUUAAUAUGUGGCGAGUCUAGAGGUCUUUUAAAUAAGACUCAAAAUGUAGUUUAUAAAGAAAUCUUUAAUAAUUUGUAA